AUGUCUACUGCUCCAUCGCCAUCACCUCGACCGGAACGAGCGAUUAUUGGUUUUUUUCUGUAUGUUACAUCUAUUUUUGCAUUCGUAAUUUAUUUACUCUGGGCUUAUUUACCAAAUAAUUGGUUUGAAAAUAUUGGUAUUACAUAUUAUCCUCAUAAAUAUUGGUCUAUUGCAAUAGCUAUUGGAGUCGUCACAUUCUUAAUUAGUAUUGUUCUUGGCAAUUGUUUAGUGAAUAGCUUAUCUGUACCAUCAUUAGAUAGUAUGAAAUUAAUACGUGAUCGUCAUACAAGAAAGAGAGAUCUUUCAAAACAUUCUACUACAGAUGCAAUUCCACCAGUCUCUGAUUUAGAUUUAUCAUACGUCAAUCGAGUACUCUAUUCAUCUGAUGUCAAAUAA